UUUCAGCUCCGAAAUAUAUAAAUAAUUUGGGUGAUCGAUCAAACUUAAAAUAAAUAAUUCCCCUCAAUUCUAGCAGAUUCUUUCUUUUGAUCUCCUACUAUUAAUUAAAGGAAUUACCUUACUAGUAAAAAAACCUCUUCGGAUACAGAGAUUAUCCAUCUGGCAUUUAUGGGAGUUGUGACUGUAUCUAGCUCUGCUGCAAGGACUUCUUUCGGAUUAAGUUCAAGAUUUUCUGCUCAUCUUCUUCCGACGACUAAGAGAACACCAAUACUAGCAUUUAAAACAGAUAAAACCAACAACACCACAACUUUGGUCUCCUCGAAAGAAUCCGCUAAUUUAUCAUCUGUCGAUACCACACCUAAAGAAAAUCCAAAGAGAAGCCUUAGGCGGAAAAAGCCUUUCGAAAGAGUACAAGCUUUAUCUACUGCCGAAGCUCCUUCUUGCUCAUUAGAUUUGGAUUACAAUGAAGCUGCAGCUGUGCUCAAUAGGUUAUACAAGCUCAGUCCCACAACUACUGAAUCCGAUACCGAGGACAGCGAUAAUACUCCAGUGAAAAUGGUUCCUAGAGGGAGGAGGACCAAGACUAGUAAAAAGCCUGAAAUCAGAAAGGUGGUUGAUGUAGUGAGGGGUCAACAUAAAAAGGUGCAUCGAUUGACCCUUGAAAAUCGGAUUCAUUUGAAAAAUAACAAGGAUGUUGCAGUUGUUACGUCAACAAGGCUGAGAAAGCAUGCCAAGGUCAAUGAAGAUGAAAACAUUAACAAACUGGUUAAAGACCACUCGCCUUCUACGGAUUUAGGCAGCUUAGAUUGGAAGAAAAUGAAGAUCCCGCCUGUUCUUCCUUCUUCAGAGCAUACUCGGCUAUUCAAGUUAUUACAAACUAUGAAGGUGAUUCUUGCAGUGAAAGAGGAUUUGCAGAAUGUUUUGGAAAGGGAACCAACAGAUGGAGAGUUAGCGGAGGCAACAAACAUGAAUGUAUCGCAAUUGAGGAAGCAACUUGGAGUUGGACAAGCAGCCAGAAAUAAAUUGAUCAAGCAUAAUCUUCGACUUGUGUUGUUUGUCAUGAACAAAUAUUUUCAAGAGUUUGCAAAUGGGCGAAAUUUCCAAGAUUUUUGCCAGGCAGGAGUGAAGGGCUUGAUAACCGCCGUUGACCGCUUUGAACCGGGAAGAAAAUUGCAACUCUCAACAUACGCUUUAUUUUGGAUACGACAUGCCAUCAUACGCUCCAUGACCCUCUCAAGUUUUUUUAAAGUCCCCUUUGGCCUUGAAUCGGUUAGAAUAGAAAUACAGAAGGCAAAAAAGAAGCUGUGGUUUGACCUUAUGAGACCGCCAAGUGAAGAAGAAAUAGCAAAGAAAGCUGGAAUUUCCCUUGAAAGAUACCGUGAAGUAAAAAAGGCAUCGACACCAGUUCUUUCUCUCAACAGGAAGAAUCCAGUUACACAAGAAGAAUUUAUUAACACGUUCGCAGAUAAUGAUGGUGGUGGUGAUGAUGAGAGGCGACAAAUUGCUCUUCUUAGGCUCGCACUGGAUGAUGUGCUUGAUUCUCUGAAACCGAAGGAGAGCGUGGUGAUUAGACAAAGAUAUGGACUGGAUGGUAAAGGCAAUAGAACACUGGGAGAGAUUGCGGGUAACUUGAAUAUAUCAAGGGAAAUGGUUAGAAAACAUGAAGUUAAGGCUCUUAUGAAGCUCAAACAUCCAGCUCGAGUUGAGUAUUUACGCCACUAUCUCUUGUAAAGCAUUAUUUGAUUUUGCGUUCACAUCCUUUUUUACAUGGAAAUACAAUAGUGUGUAUACGAGUGACAUGUAUCAUAGUUAUGAGGUAAAACAACACAUAAAUAAACAACGUACAGUAUAGUUUUAAGUA